CAGUCGCGCGAAGUCAGUCGCGGUCCGAGCGGCCGACUCGUCAGUCCCGCCCUCGGUUCUUUCGCGUUUUCGGUUAGAACUUAGUCUCCGUUCGUCGUUCGGACGGUGAGGUGUGCAUAGCGCGUGCGCGCACCGGUUACUGUGGCGUACUGCGAGGUUAUAAUGGACGCGCCCGGCGGAGCGCGGGAGCCCCGCUUCGGGUCGCCGUAUGGCAUGGGACUCCUCGGCGAGAUGCCGGACAUGUACGGCACUGGACGGCCACCCAGCGCCCUCGGCGGCGGCGGCGGGCUGCGGCCCGGCAUGCAGCCGUGCCCGAUGCCGCGCGCCGGUGUCAAGAGGCCUUCGGACCAGUGCUACGACGAGCGACCCCCACAGAACGUGGGCCUAGACCACUGCCCCAUGCCCGACAUCGCAGAUGACGGCUAUGCAUCUCUCCAGCCCAAGAAAUCGCCACCUUCCAAUGGCAAAAAGACCAAGGGUCGUGUGAAGAUCAAAAUGGAAUACAUUGACAACAAACUGCGACGGUAUACGACUUUCUCCAAACGGAAGACUGGGAUUAUGAAGAAGGCAUACGAGCUAUCGACCCUGACGGGGACACAAGUGAUGUUGCUAGUCGCGUCAGAGACGGGCCACGUGUACACGUUCGCGACGCGGAAGCUGCAGCCGAUGAUCACGUCAGACUCGGGCAAGCGGCUGAUCCAGACGUGUCUCAACUCUCCGGACCCGCCCACCACCAGCGAGCAACGCAUGGCUGCGACGGGCUACGAGGAAACUGAGCUCACGUAUAACGUAGUAGACGAGGAUAUGAAGGACCUGGAAUCUGACAUUAAGAAGAAAAUUGCUAAGGAUGAGCCAGCAUCAUCAGGUGACAGCGGGGACGAGAGCGGCAGUGAACCGGAGUCGCCCAGUGAGAAGCUACUGCAAGUCCACAAGCAGGAGUGGUGCGAUCCCAAUGAACGAGAUGUCAAACCGAGAGAAUCUCACAACGACCCACUAGCAUCCACAUCUUCAACGACUCAAGAAGCCGACAGCAGCAAGCCUUCGCUGCCGAAACUCUUGCCCAAGCUAGAGAUGCCGGGGGGAGCCAUGCUGUACCACUCAGGAGUUCUGGCUGGGCUCGAUGGCAUCGGCAAUAAUCUGGGGCUAGGGAACUUGGCUAUGGGGUAUCCGCAUGGAUUUAUAUUGGGACUUGCUAAUCAGGGGCAGGAGGGUGCAUCAUCAUCAAGCCAGCCGCAAUUCAUCACGAUCCCGUUGUCCAUGGCCAUGGCAGCCGCAGCGGGCGCGCCCACAGCCACCGUCACCAACGGCUGCGGAGCGAGCGCGUCCAGUGACGACAGCAGUGAGCUACAAGACUUGAGCACUGGAAGGAAGUGACGCUGAGCAAGAACAAUCGCGCAAAUGCUGGAGAUCGUUAUGUAUCAAUAUAAUCUUAUGAAAAAUUUAAAAUAAAAAAUGUAUGUACCAAAGUUAAUAUUUGGACUUCUAGAAAUAACAGGCUAUCUAGACUUGUUUAUAGGUAGUAAGACUUAUUCAAAAAUAUCACAUUAUAUUUCAUACAUGUCAUUAUGUAAAGCCAUAAGGCCUUGUUCAAAUUGUAAGCGGAAAGCGAUUUCAUUCAUAUUUUGUGAUAGAAAUUUUCAUCAUUCUUAAUAAUGUUAUUUGUGAAAAGCAUAUCUAAAACCGUAUGCGGUAAUGAUAUUAGUAUUGUAUAAAAUACGCUUUUGUAAAUUAAUAUUGUACUCUAUAUAUCUGAUAAUCUCUAUACUGCAGAGAAAAAUUCACAAGAAAUAAACUUUUCAUUUAAAUGUUGAAAACCCGACUGAAUUCACGAAAGGAACUUAGCAAUCAAUGCAGUAAGUGCCUCUUAUAUCUACAAUGUUAUUUUCGUUUCUACCAUCUCGUUUAGUUCAGGACUUUGGCAAAACAUGUUUAUUUUACUUGAUGAGGUUCCUUAAGAUAUGACUAACUGUACAAAUAAAAAUAUUUGUUCACUUACGGCACUUUCGCUGGCUUGCAACGUGGUCGUAAAUCAAAAAGAAAAAUGGUGAUGGAAAUUUUUAAAUUUAUCGAAUCUAGCUUACUUUUCAAUGCAAGUCCUUGCCAAUUAUAAGUCACUUUUCUCAAAAGUGAAUCUUUAAGUGACUGCGGUCAUUAAAAUUGUUUAUUGUAUUAAAAGUGAAAACACUUAAUUUAUUGUAUUUAAGUAUGUAGAUAUUAAUAUUGUUUGUAUGGAAAAAAUAACAAAGAAACAUGCGUAUUUUUGUACCAAACAUUAAUACUUAAUUAAAUAACUUGAAGUUUAGCGUAACAUUGAUACACUCGUUUAAAACGCAUUUUAAAUAUAAUGUGAGUUCUACCGUAUUUUAGUUUUAUUGUCUUUAUCACUUUUUAUUUGUUUAGUUUUAAUUAAAUUUAUACGGAAGCGGGUUGUUUUUUUUUCAUUUGGAAAAAAUCCAUACCAUGGAUUUUUAAAAGCAUUGAGACUUACCUAAGUAGGUAAUCAGUAAGUUUAUAUUCACGCUUUAAAAGUACUGCGUUCGUACACUAAGCGGACUUAAAUAUAAAAUGCUUCAUUAUGUUAAAAAUUAUGUUAUAUACCUAAGUUGUCUUUGUAAUUUACUAACCCGCUUCCGCUACCUCGUAAGCGCUCGCUGUCUGUAUGACCGCGGGUCUAUCGUCACUAUUAUUGAAGCAUUUAUUAUUAUUUGGUUUACUUUCCAGUAUUUUAGUUUUUCCCCAGUCUAAUAGAUCACAGGAUUAUAUUAUAAGAACCUCCUCCUUAUUUGGUAGUUGGUUAAAAAUCAAAUAAGUAAACACGUAAGCAUAUUAAGUUUUAUAAUUCUCAAAAACUACGAUUUUUUUCUAAAUAAUAAAUUAAAAAUUGAAAAUGCAAGAAAAUAGAUAUAUUUUUCGGACUGCCAAAAAUUAUCUUAAGGCUAAAAGUAUUAUACAUUAUCACAGUAUUAUACAAAGCUAGUCAAGGUUAAUGCAAUACUAUUCUUGCACUCAUUUUCUUGCAUGUAACAUAUUUUUUCAGAUUUGUUUGGCUCUUUUAUGAUGACAAAAUGUAAAUAAAAUCAAAUUAACAAGAAAUACCAUUUAUCAGAAUCAAUUAUUUUCCGAUAUAAUUAUUAAAUAUUUGGCCAAACUGAUAUUAUUAUUGAGAAAAUAUCCUAACAUUUUUUGUUUUCGUAAUUUAGAUUUACAUAAUUUAUGUAUUUCGGCCAUUAUAAUAUUUCUUUGUAGCCUGUGAUCUAUAGACAAUAAUAUCUGUACAUCGAUCAAGUCUAUAACAAUUGUAACAGUUUUUUUCUUAUCGUAAUAAAUGUUCCUUUCGUUUCGAUUUUUUAUAAUAAAAGUAAUUAAAAAUU